AGUAAGAUUAAUUACAAACCGUGAAUAAAUUAUCGUAGCUAUAGAUUUUAUAAGAUAAAGUUAUUUGAAUAAGGAGUAAAUAUGAUAAUUCAAAAAAAUCUUUGUUUGCGCAGAGGCAUUUUGAAGAGAGUAUUUUUGGCGGGGUGACGUGUUUCACCAGCUCAGCGGCUAUUGACAGCAGCCAUAUUAAAAUACCGAGUUCUGUUGGGAAAGGGGCUUUAUGAUUAUCAACUCCUCGAGCGUUUAUAAUUACGUAUACAGUUAGCCAGCGAUGACGUUAAUAAAAAAUAGUCCAAGUUGCGACUAAAAUAAAAGAGAUAAAUAAAAAAAAACCGAGUUAAAAAAAAAAGUAUGUUAUGGUUGGUGAUAAGGGAGUACAAGUGCGUAUAAAAUAAAUAGUUUAAUAGUAAGUUGGUGUAUUGAGUAAGUUGUUGAUUUGAUGGCGGUUAUGUGGAAUUAUACAUCAAGCUCAAGUUUACUAGUAAUACUGAAUGUAAAAGAGAGAGCGCGAUUUAGUGAGUUUGAGGUAGGGGGCAAUGCACCAUGGGAAUUAUUUUCGACACGCGCCUGCGUAUUUUAGUUUACAGUUGGAGCUUGGAAGAAAAUGGCGUCAGCUAAGUUUCUGGAGGAAGCUCUGAGCACGGACGUCGAUGAAUCCGCGGUAAACGCGAUCGUGGGCUCGCUCGAGACGCAGUUGGUAACGUCGUCGCCGGCAGUCGCGGGUCAGUCAGCAAUAACCGCGGCCGCAACUCAACAAAACCAUCAUCAUCAGUUAAACACGGGUAUUUCUAACGGGGGCACCAUCCCCAGCGCGAUACAGAAGCAUGGGGUUGCCAACGGCGGCGGUACCACCACCAUCAACAAUAGUCUGAUGACUCAGGAAGUUACCAAAUCUAUCACUACUACCACUCUCCUGCCAGUGAACGUCGUCACAUCAAAUGCUGUUGGAGGAUCCCAGGUUGUGACCACCCAGCAGCAUCAACAGCAGCAACAUCAACAGCAGCCGCAUCAACAGCAGCAGCAUCAACAUCCGCAGCAGCAGCAUCAACAACAACAACAACAACAACAACAACAACAGCAGCAGCAUCAACAGCAGCAGCAACACGUUCAGGCAGGAAGUGGUAGUGGUGGUGGUAUUCCAGCAACAGCAACGUAUAUAAAUCAACUGGCGGCAAAUCAAGUGACGGGUAAUCAACCAAGUAACAUUUCAAAUAUUACAAAAGCACAUGAAUCAGUAAAACUAAUUUAUAAUCCAACUGUUGCCGGUCAAGUUAUAACCUCUGGUGUUGUUAAUGUUAAUAAUAAACUGUCUUUCCCCGCGCAAACUGUCGGGCAAUUAGCCAACGGUACUAUUGGAGUAACAUCUCAGGGAUCAGUGCUCCAGACAACCUCGAAUGUUGUGGUGAGUAAUGUUGGUUCGGUAGUGACUCAAAGUGGUGGACAUCAAACAGUUGUGGCUGGUGGUGUUAAUAAACCACCUCCGGGUACUGCACUUGUUAUUAAGACUAGCGGUGCACCAGGGGGUAUGGUUUCUGUUCCAAUGUCAGUGCCAGUUUCCGUUGCUGGUAAUGUCGCAACAACGACAUUGCAAGCCAAAGCUGGAGGAGUUCCAUCACCCAUCGUGCCUAGCAAUGUACAGCUCGUCAAUGUCAAUACAAUACGACCGGGGACUCCGGUGGCUGGUCAACAACCGGGUAAACAAGUUGCCGCACCGAGAGUUGCUGUCAUUGGCCAGCACAUUGUUAACGCAAGACCUGGAGGUCCAGGGCAGAUUACACUUCAAACUCUUCAUGGUCUCCAACACGGAGCACAAGGACACCUGAUUGUUAAAACCGAAAAUGGACAGUAUCAAUUGCUGAGGGUAGGACCCGUUCCAACGGCAGCUACUCCUGGUGGUACGGCUGUUACUCCAAAUAACAUUGCAGGGAAUGCUGUAGUUGCUUCAACUCCUGGAGGAACAGCUUAUCGUCUAGCCUCGGUACCGGCUGUAAGUAGGCUGAACGCACAGUUCACUGGCCCACCACUCGCCACCAUUCGAAAACCCGUUCAGACGGUAGCGGCAAGUGUGACAACGACGACAGCAACACCUGGAACAGUUGUCAGUUCUAUUACGACGACAACACCAGUAACGACAGCAGCAGUAGCAACACCGGGUCCAGCGGCUCAAACACCUCAACAGCGUCAAACCGCAGAUAAUACCAAAGAAAAGUGUCGUAAAUUUUUAGCAAACUUGUUAGAAUUAUCUAGUCGGGAACCUAAAUCAGUGGAACGUAAUGUACGGACGUUAAUACAAGAAUUAAUUGAUACUAAAGUUGAACCUGAAGAGUUUUGUGAUAGACUCGAGAGAUUAUUAAACGCAUCACCUCAGCCAUGUUUAAUUGGUUUUUUAAAAAAAAGUUUGCCGCUAUUGCGACAAUCGCUUGUUACCAAGGAAUUGGUUAUCGAUGGUAUAAGACCACCGCCUGCAAAUGUUGUCUUUUCCAUAGCCUCAUCUCCAAUCGUUUCACAAAAUCAAAUAAGGCCAACAGUUGCGAUGGCAGGUACAGUCCCUGUCGUGGUGUCAAGUUCACCAGCUCCGCUGAGAGUUAUGGCACCUCCGUCUGUAGCAACGGCAACAGUUGGCCCACGUGCGCCUCAAGCUCUCCCAUCUAGACUGAUACGACCUGUAACGACAUUAGUUCGCACCCCAGUGCCACACACUGUGAAAUCAACCGUAGCGCUUGCAAAUGUGAGGCUGGCUUCGCCAACUAUACAAAAAUCUCCAAUAACUACAAGCACAGUUAUAAAAACUUUACCCACAGUUACGCAGGGUAAGACAGUUAAUGCCGCCACUACUGUUAAUAAAACCACAGUGCCUUCUCUUGUUACUAAACCACCGAAUAAAGAAAAAGAAAAAAAGACUUUUUCAUCGGCAGGCUACACGGGUGACGAUGACAUUAAUGAUGUCGCGGCAAUGGGAGGUGUCAAUCUCGCUGAAGAGUCUCAAAGAAUUCUCGGUUCGACAGAGUUCGUUGGUACGCAAAUACGAUCGUGUAAAGACGAAGUUUUCUUACAUGUGUCGCCUCUUCAACAGAGGAUUAAGCAAAUUGUAUCGAGUUACGGUCUUGAAGAACCCAAUCAAGAAGUCGCUGCAUUAAUAUCACAUGCGACUCAAGAAAGGUUAAAGAAUUUAGUUGAAAAGUUGGCAGUAAUCGCUGAACAUCGGAUAGAUUUUAUUAAAGUUGAUCCUCGGUACGAAGUGACGCAAGACGUAAGAACUCAGCUUAAGUUUCUCGAAGACCUGGAUAGAGUAGAGCGCAGAAGACACGAAGAACAAGAACGUGAGUUGCUUUUGAAAGCUGCUAAAAGUCGGGCGAAAAAUGAGGAUCCUGAGCAAGCGAAAUUAAAAGCUAAAGCCAAGGAGAUGCAAAGAGCCGAGAUGGAAGAAUUACGUCAACGUGAAGCUAAUUUGACGGCGUUGCAAGCGAUAGGUCCACGAAAAAAGCCAAAAUUAGAUACUGGAAGUGCGACAAGUAAUCCAGGAGGUAGUGCAAAUGUUAAUGCCUCGGCGUCUGGUAUUAAUCGACAAAUGCCAAUGAGGCCGCGAGUGAAAAGAGUUAAUUUCCGCGAUUUAUUAUUUUUACUUGAACAAGAAAAGGAAUCAUGUAGAACCACAACGCUCUAUAAAUCAUAUUUGAAGUGAUGGUCUGUAAGGGGUAGGAACGCGAGUGAUUGCUUCGAGCUAGCUCGGCGGUCCUCCUCUGCUAUUUAUGCUGUUACUAUUGCUGCUAUUAUUAUUUUUUUAAAAAUAAUAACAACAAUAUUACAUUUUAUAAGUAAAUUGUAUACAUCAAACGUGUAUUCAAAAAAAUGUUCACUCGAUAUUGGCCUGGUAUUUUUUAUAAAUUCAAAAUUGCUUCAUUGGUGAUUAAUUAUUAAUCAUUAAUUAUAAUUAACGAUAAUAAUAAUUAUAAUUAUAAUGACAUAAAUAAUAAUAAGAAGAAUUAUAAAUAAUAUUAAUACUAAUAAUAAUAAUAAUAGAAAUAAUAAUAACAAUAAUAAUAUUAAUAAUAAUAAUUAUAAUGAUAUCACGUCGAUGAUACAACAUACACACUUCCCAUUAAUGACUGAAUACGUUUUUUAAUGUAUAAUAAUAUUAAAUAUAUAAGUUUAUAAAUAGAUUGUUCUUUAUUUUUUAAUGAAAAAUUGAAGUAAUAAAAUAAAAGAAAGAAAUAUAAUUAUAAAAAAAAAAAAAAUACCAUAAAUUGGCUGGUUUAUAGUGAACAUAUAUAUACGUUUAGUGAAAUGCGAUAAUGUAAAUUGUGAAUAUAGAAUGUGGUUUACAAUUGUGAGGAUCGUGCGUUAAAUAAUGAACAUUUUUCUUUUUAAAAUUGAGGGAAUUUUCAGACAGUGCCCCACUUUUUAAAAAUUUUCAAUGACCUGUCAUAAGCGUAUCAAAAUUUUAUAAAAAAAUUAAAGCAUUAAUUGAAAAAAUGAUAAUUUCGGAGAUAUAGAUUUUUAAAAAUUUUUUACAGUUGACAUCAAUUGGAAGUUACACGAAAUUUAAAUAAAAUUUUCAUGUCUAUUUUAUACUUUGAAUUUUCAAAUUUUGUAGGCUGAAAUUUAGUCCACAAUUUUCGUUUAACUCCCAGUUGAUAACAACUGUAAGUAAUUUUUUUUUUUUAAAUUCUAAAUCUCUGUAAAAUUGCAAGUUGUCCUUUUUUCAAUUAAGGUUCUAGUUUUAAUUAAUUAAUAAAAUUUUAUGACCAGUUUUUCAAACCGGGUUUUAAUUAUUAUUUCUCGUAUAUUCAUAUAUUAUUAAUGUAUAUGCUCACGUUUACAAAUAAUUGUUGACAUGAUAGCAAAAGUCGAAGCAUGACAUCGUGGACUUUUUCUGCGCCCGAGCUCGUUUACGUGAUUCAUUUUUCUGACAGAUUAAUGUAUAAUAUAAUAAUAUAGAUAUACUAACAAUAUAAAUUUAAACCCGAUUUGAAAACCUGGCUCUUAAUACUGUUAUGGCAGUUGAAAGUAAUUGCAUAUUUUUAAAAAAGUGGGUGGAGGGACUGUCAGAGAAUGCCCUCAAUUAAAAAUAUUUUAAACAAUCAAUUUCUAAUAAUUUGGUAACUUAACUAUGACUUGAUAAGUAUCAAAAUAUUAUUAACUGAUGUUUAAAUAAAUAUUUAAAAAGAUUUAUCGUCGGACCUCUCGGGAGUGGUACAAUGGUUGAGAAUAAGUGUGUAUACAUUGCCACGUUAUGUAUAUGCCUGCUCUUUUAUUAUAAUACUUUAUCUAUACAUUUGGACAUGCAGUGCAACUUGUAACAUAUAAGCGUAUGGUUCAUUUUUUUCUUUAAUAAUUUUUGUUUCUUUUUUUAUAUAUAUAAUAAUUAUUAUUAAUAUUAUUAUUAUUAUCAUCAAUAUGGUAAUAGAAUUAUAGUAAAUUGUAUUUUUGCAAAUAAUUAAUAUUACGUGAGGCACUGUCCAAAAUGUAUAGUUUUACUUGUACAAUAUAUUAUAAGAAUAUUAAUUAUUAAUUAUUAAAAUAAUUAUUAACAAAAAAAAAAGAAAAAAAAUUAAAAUAUAGUAAAUAAUUUUCUUAUUGGUACAACAGAAUAUUUAGUAGCUACUCGAUUAUUCUUCACCGUUUUAAGGAAUUGUUAUUUUUAUUAAUUAUUUUGUAAUUUAGAUUCAUUUUUUUUGUAGGAAAUUACACGGAAAAAAUAGAUAGUACUGUUUACUGUUCUGCGCAGUAAUCGACGAAAAAUACUUUUUAAUGUGACCGAUUCAUAUUAGAACAUGGGUAUGCUCAGAAAAAACACUGAAGAUUGAUAAAUAUCUAACCAGAUAGUUGAUAAAUGAAAAGUCACGGAGUUUAAUUAAAACUAGAGGAACGAAAGAAUACCAGAUACUGCAUUUACCUUCUGCGCAAAGUUUAUGAACGCAUUAUGGUACUUGAAUUGUUCCGCGGCUUAACUAGAUAAUAUUUAUGAACGCAGUUGUAUCUUUUUCUUCCAUAGUGAAUUUCUGAACUUGCCCCAGGAGUAAGAUUGCUCAACACGUGCUAUUAUUUUUUAAACAGUAUCUAGUGCUGUGCUGUACAGUACAUGAAACAUAUGACUGGUGACUGUUCAAAUAGUUGUUCAUAGUUCAAAAGUAUACAAACCUCUGCAUAGCUCUUGUUGCUGUAUAAAGUGCCAGAAUAUUUAGAUACAGGAAUGGCUACUUAGAUCUCAUAGAUCUUAUUAACAUCUAAUACAGUACUUAGUCCUGUUUUGAUAUGAACGGUUACUAACUUCAUAUGUUUCUUUACUAUUCUUGACACUUCAGACUCAGAAGUUAGUAACCGUUCAUAUCAGAACAGGACUCAGUACUGUAUUGGAUGUUAAUGAGAUCUAAGUAAUCAUUCCUGUCACUAAAUAUUAAGUUCUCGCAUUAUAGACAGCAACAUGAACUGCUGAGAGGUUUGCAUACUUAAGAACUAUGAACGACGACUAUUUAAACAGUAACCAGUCAUGUAUUUCAUGUACUGUAUAGCACAGCACUAGAUACUGUUUAAAAAGGAAUAGUACGUGUUAAACAGAUUACCUGACCGUUGAUCCGAGGACAAUUGAUCCACGACAAUUGAUCCUUGCGACGAUUGAUCCGUCGAUAAAAUGCGUGUAAUAUCAAAAAUUACGCCCUUUUUUCACUAAUUUUGUGUGCGUGUAACAUAAAAAAUAUACUCACACACAAAUUAGUGAAAAAAGGGCGUAAUUUUUCAUAUUACACGCAUUUUAUCGACAGAUCAAUCGUCGCAAGGAUCAUCGGUCGUGUCACCGUUAAAAACAAUGACUUACUCCUGAUCUAAUAUCAAUCAGUCAUAUUAAAAUGUAUUUUUUCCGAUAUUUUUUGUCGAUUACUAAGCAGAACAGUAACCAGUACUAUCUAUUUCUUACGUGUAACUGUUACUUCUUUUUUUUUUAUUAAUUAAACACUAAUAUAUAAAAGUUAGCAAAUAAAAGAAAACUAAUUGAGCGAUGGGAAAUAAAAACACGAUUCUUUUUGGUAAGAGAAAACUGGGAGUAAAUAUUAAUGAUGUGUAAUAGAAAAUCGUGUACCUGAUUUAUAUUUUAUAAAAAUAAAUUUAAAAUCAGCCACUUUUUUAAAAUUUAUAUAAAUUGUUAUUAAUCGAGAUUUUUUAAAUUUAAUGACGUAUUUUUUUUUCGUAUUGUUUUAAUUUGUAAUAUUUUAAAAUAUCAAUCACUAAAAAUUUAUUUACUUUGUGUUUUUUUUUACGAUUUCACUGUGAAGAUUAAUCGUGAGCAUGACGAUUGCAUUAAUAAUUUAUAUAUAAAUAAAUUGAUUAAAUAUAUAAAUAAAAUAAUGAAUGAAUAAAUAAUAAAAUAAAACAAAUGUAAGUUUCGUAUGUCGGGACAAUUGUUUGUAUAGUACGUUGUACAGUUUAAAUAAUUAUCAGAUUGCGAGUGAAUGGUUGCGCACUUAAAGAAAAAAAUAAGAGGAAUCAUAAAACAAAUUAUUAUUAAUUAAUUUUUAAUUGUUUUGUCUUUGAUAUAAAAAAUGAUAAAGAAUUAAAAGAAAAAAAAAUCAGAAAGAAAAAAAAUAAAUUGUGUUGCGAGACAAUCAUUAUUCCCAAACUAAUACACGACGUCAUAACUUAUUAUUUUAAAUAAAAUUAAAUCACACUUCAUUAUAAUUACAACAUUAUUAUUAUUGUAUAUUAUAUCGCGUAAUUAAUGACGAUGUUAUUUUUAAAUAUUACGUAAUUUAUGUGUAAAAAAAAAAUUUCUAAGCAGUUUAAAUAACAUGAUUCUGAAGUUAGCCGACGUCUAAUAAUUUUUGGAUUUUUUUUA